ACGCUGCACUUUAACUUACACGUCUACUCCCUCCAUACGACUUGUCGCACACUCUCCUGCUUGUGUUUGGCGUCAACGGAAACACUGUAGACCGUCAAGUCGGAAUAUUUGAAAGGCAAGAGCCAGGAGUGCCAACAUGUUGUUGGAUGUAAACAGGAAACUGUUCACUCGCUCAGAUCGGGUCAAAGGAGUCGACUUUCACCCGACGGAACCUUGGCUAUUAACAGGUCUCUACAAUGGAACAGUGAACAUAUACAACCACGACACAGGUGCACUGAUCAAAACCUUCGAAGUCGCCGAAGUACCAGUGCGGUGUGUUCGCUUCAUACCUCGUAAGAACUGGUUCGUCGCAGGCUCGGACGACUUCCAACUACGCGUUUUCAACUAUAAUACCCACGAGAAAGUUGCGGCAUUCGAAGCACAUCCGGACUAUAUUCGAUGCUUGACAGUACAUCCCACCGCCAGUAUUGUCCUUACUGGCAGUGACGAUAUGACCAUUCGUGCUUGGGACUGGGACAAGCAAUGGCGGUGUAUCCAGACAUAUGAAGGCCACACGCACUACAUCAUGAAUAUCGCCAUCUCACCAAAGGACCCGAACACUUUUGCAUCUGCAUGUUUGGAUAGAACAGUCAAGAUGUGGUCUCUGGGUUCACCGACUGCUAACUUUACUAUGGAAGCUCAUGAUAAAGGAGUCAAUUAUGUCGAGUUCUAUCCCGGCGCCGACAAGCCCUACCUAGUUACCGCGAGUGACGACAAGACAGUGAAGAUCUGGGACUACCUGAGCAAGAGCUGUGUUCAAACGCUCGAAAGUCACACCAACAACGUCCUAUUCGCGGUCUUCCACCCAAACCUUCCAAUCAUCAUAAGCGGCGGGGAGGACGGCACGGUCAAGCUCUGGAACAGCGGAACGUACCGGUUGGAGAAUACUCUCAGUUAUGCACUCGAGCGUGCCUGGUGUAUUGCCGUCCGUAAGACUGCGAAUGAAAUCGCCGUUGGCUAUGAUGAAGGUGUUGUUGUUGUCAAACUUGGUCGAGACGAACCGACAUUCAGCAUGGACCCCUCGGGCAAGCUUAUUUAUACUCGGAAUAACGAAGUCUUAUCCGCCAAUUUGCAAACUGUGCACACCGAGGAUCUUGCAGACGGCAAUCGGAUACCGCUGUCUAUCAAAGAACUUGGCACCACUGAGAUUUAUUCUACGUCUUUGUGUCAUUCACCGAACGGCCGAUUUGUCACCGUUGUCGGUGAUGGUGAAUACAUUGUGUACACCGCAUUGGCAUGGCGUAACAAGGCAUUCGGGAACGGAAACUCCUUCGCAUGGGCAGGCGAUUCGAAUACGUAUGCCGUCCUUGAGGGUCGACUCAAGUUGCGCGUAUACAAGAACUUCCGUGAACGCACUGGUGCUGGCAUGAAGGGUGCUGGUUCAUGGAGCAUCGAUGGCAUUCAUGGUGGGACUCUUCUCGGUGCUCGAGGUUCCGGAUUUGUCAUAUUCUGGGACUGGGAAACUGGUGAGAUUGUGCGCCGGAUAGAGGCAGAUGCCAAGAACAUCUUCUGGUCCGGCACUGGUUCGCUAGUCGCAAUCUGCACAGAAGACUCAUACUACGUUCUACGGUUUGAUCGUGACGCAUAUAAUGCCAAACUUGAAGAAGGGUCCGAGAUCACCGACGAAGGCGUUGAAGAAGCGUUUGAGCUCAUCGCCGAGAUUCCAGAGAAUGUCAAGACGGCGAAAUGGAUUGGCGAUUGUUUCAUCUAUACGAGCGCCGCAAAUCGACUCAAUUAUUUCGUAGGCACUGAGUCCUAUACCAUCACACCUUUCGACACGCCUCUGUACCUUCUUGGCUACAUUCCUGCCCACAACCGAGUGUAUUUGGCAGACAAAGAUGUCAAUGUGUACAGCUAUACACUAUCAUUAAAUGUCGUCGAAUACCAGACAGCAGUGUUGCGUGGUGAUAUGGAGGCCGCCGCAGAAAUUUUGCCGACGAUCCCGAAGGAGCAGCGUAACAAGAUUGCCACCUUCCUCGAGGCGAGAGGCUUGAAGGAACUUGCAUUGGAGGUGACGACUGAUCCGGAUCACAAAUUUGAUCUCUCGCUGCAACUUGACGACCUCGAUGCGGCCGUCGAGAUCGCACGAACCGUUCCAGAGCUCGAGGCAGAGUCGAAAUGGAAGGCGAUCGGCGACCGCGCCCUGACUGUAUGGCGAUUCGACUUGGCACGUGAAAGCUUCGAGAAAGCUGGCGAUCUCAGUGCGUUGAUGCUCCUGCUUCUCGCAAUCGGAGAUAGAGACGGUCUUCAGCGAUUGGCGACACGAGCAGAACAACAGGGUCAAAACAACCUCGCCUUCGCGACGUUGCUUCAACUUGGUGAUCCUGCCGCGUGCGUCGACCUUCUCGUGAAGACGCAACGUGCUCCAGAAGCUGCGAUGUUUGCCCGGACAUACGCGCCAAGUAAAGUGCCGGAGGCAGUACAGGCAUGGAAAGCUGACUUGACCAGCAAGAAACGAUCAAAAAUUGCGGCAAAAAUCGCUGAUCCUCUCGAGCAUCCCGAGCUUUUCGAAGAAGGCUGGGAAGAUGCGUUAUUUCGUGAGAAAGGUGCUGAACGACAACAUCCUCCUCUACCAAUAAAUGGUACCCUAGAUCCUGCGCCGCCAGCAGAAGUUGAGGGUGAAGAUGAGGCGGCGGCGGUCUGACCCAUGUGCAUGCGUUUCUGUCCUUCAGGUGUAACAUCUUAAUUUAUGAUCAUUUGGACUACAUUUUGAUGGAGAAUGGCACUGCCAAGAGGUAGGCUUACGAUCGCCUUUCAGUUCAUCGUACACCCUUCGUCGCAUAAGAGUCCCUAUCAGAGCUGUUAUACACGUACCUGCUGUUAGCUCACAAUGAUGGCUCCAAAUCAGCGAUGGCAUUCAUAUCCACAGGUUAUCCACAAUGUGCAUCUUUUUGCAACG